UCAAAGCAUGAGUCGUUUCAAAGAGGUCAUUUAAUAAAGGCAUACCUAAGAACUGCAAUACUCAUUAGGAGAAAAGGGUUCACGUGCGAGUCAACAGCAAGGACAUAGCGGAUCUUAUGAACAGAUACUAACAAGAAGUGUUGUGGACUUACUCGACUGACAAUGAAGAACUUUGUGUGGCUUAAUGCUGUGAUGUUGUGGCUGGCCGUGAUCAGCACGAAGAGGGCAACAGCACUUUUGGCCAAGAAGUGCAAAAAAGAUGUGGACUGCAAUGCCAUCUCUCAAACAUGUCAUCCUUUGCUCAAGAUAUGCGUAGCAAAACAAGGCUCCUUGACUGUCCCGGGAAGACGAAGUCCAAAGCCAAUCUGCAAGAAAUGCWUGGCUAAUGAAACCUGUCAUUCAAUAUUCAAAAUKUGUMUGAAGACUAUCACCCCUCCAUCAACAAGAAAUAACAAGAAACCCACAGCAYCAGACUGUAAGCACGACGRUGACUGCACAAAYAAUAAAUACUGCCACAAAACCUUUCACAAGUGUCUGGAUAUUCCAGUCAUACCAACCAUGUCUACUGCAAGACGCUCUACUCAAUCCUGCAGAAAUGACUCAACCUGUGGCAAGAAUCGCUACUGCCAUGAUUUCUUCAAAAUAUGUUUAGAAAGACUGACAGUAUUUCAGAACGUAACAACACCAYCAGUAAAGUAUAACUGCACCAGAGAUAUUGACUGYCUUCCUGGACAAUACUGUCGAAAUAUGACCAAMACUUGUUUACAAGUUAAAAAYCUGUCUGGUAGUGGUUUGCCUUCACCUCCACCCAAACACGGCAGGUGCAGCAAAGAUUCUGACUGCAAUAURAAUGAAUUCUGUCAUCAGCAUGUUUCUGUGGCURCAACUAAAAAACGAAGACGAAAAUGCAGCAGUGGACGUCGCUGUUCUCCAACAAGAAGACAACAGACAGGUCUGGGAGUGUGCACMAYAUCAAUGGUAGCACUACAUCCACCCAGUGGAAACUGUAGUCGCGAUGGUGACUGUGGACCCGGCAUGUGUUGCUUAACCAAGCUUGGCAUAUGUAAGCAUAUUUCUACAAGAGGAGAUCCAUGUGUUACGCAGCCGGCAGAUUUCACUUGCCCCUGCUCGACAAAUCUUUUCUGUAAAGCGAACUCAAAGAAGAGAAAGCUGAAAGGAAGGCGACUGGAAAGAAGACUGAACCUGUCGACACACAUYCRUAGAGAACUGAAGAAACGAGGCCUGSUCAUCCACAAAAAGYACRUGUAUGGUAAAUGCCACAAAAUUGCAAACUAAACAAUAUGACAUUGGUAAGAAUAAAGUUCUGCUUAAAGUUGACAUUGACUGCAACGAGUAGACGCUURAAUAUUCGAUAUUACAUGAAUAUUAGAUUUGAUUUUAGCAGUCACCAAUAUGAUUUCAGUACAUUGUAAUCAGAUUAUUCACUGUCAAGGCAGAUGUAUCUCAUGUGGCAUGGCGUCCUGGUUAAUGAUCGAUCUGAAGAUUGAAUGGAUACGCGCUAUUUUGUAGGCUCAUAACGUGAUUCUUCAAAUGUCCUGAACAGUAAUAUUACUUGAUUGCAUGCAGAAGAUUACUGAACUUUCGAUGCAUGUUUAGUUUAUACUUGGUUAACGCAUUGCAUUCAAGCAACAAGAUUGCAACCAUUUCAUAAAGAUGGCAGCACGCGCGCUUAUGRCUAUAAAUAGGAUGAGAGAUGGCUUCAAGAACGUUCUAUUGCUGUACCAUAGAAGUAGUUGUAGUAAUAACACAGGUAGCCCAAUGCUUGUGCACAGUAAUAUCACAGGUAACCCAAUGUGUGUGUUCUGUGCAUUUCAGAUUGUAUUGUGUAGCACAGUAAGACCACAGGUAACCCAAUGUGUGUGUUCUGUGCAAUUCAGAUUGUAUUAGGUGUAGCACAG